AUCAAUCACCGCUUCAUCGUAUUUCUAUAGAAACCGUUGAAGCGUGAAGAACGUAAAUAACCCAUCGGAAGAUCAAAAGCAAGCACGAAAUUAUCCCUUUGCUCACUCACACAUAUUACAGACAUGGGAGCAAAAGCGUGUUUUGUCAAACUUUUCACAUUCAUUAUAAACACAGCGUCGCGGAUUUACAAAUGUGCAGCUGAGGGAAAACAUAACACCAAAAGCACAACAAACAAUGAAAUCGCCGAACAAGCAACUUAUUUGUGUGAAAAAUACAUCCAGAAUCGCUUCCAAAGGUCCUGGAAUAACACGAAUAAUAAAUUCUACAAAACAGCCGUCCUCCGAGACACCAAACUCUGCUCGAAAGAGGUUGUAUCGACACUUUGUGAUGUGGGUCGGAUGAUGGAGAAUGCAUACCCAGCGCUGUAUCAAAACAUUAGCGAACAGCUCAACUUUAGAAUCAAUCUAGAGAUUGUCGUUUGCGGCAUGUUUACUUGCGUGUGUGAUAAUAUUCUUGCGUCCGGUAUAACCUGGGCCAGGGUCGUAUCACUAUAUGCUUUCGCGGCAGCCCUUGCCGUUGACUGUUGCCAAACAGACGUCAGAAUUGCUAAGAAUAUUUCCAAAUGGAUGGGUCAGUACACGAAGAAAAGGUUGUCUGGAUGGGUCAGAGAGAACGGUGGCUGGGAGGCUCUACCGCUGCAUUUUUGCGAAGAGAAAUACUGCAUGUUCAUCUCAGCCUCCAGGUUCCUUCGAAGCAUAGCCCUGCCGCUCUAUUUGGGUGUGUUCGCUGCUCUUGCGGUUGUGAUAACGAUUUGGUCCUCUCCCGAGUGAGAUUAGAUAGAAGAUCCUGGUUUAAUGAACAGGGGAGACACUUUAAAGAAGUAUAUCUCCUUGAUUGUCCCUGCAGCCAAACAGCUUCAACCCAUCGACUCCUGGCUAUUUUUGAGCUGAAUUUAUAUAUAUAAAAAAAGGCCAAAAACAAAUACCCCCCCCCCCCCCCCAAAUUUGGAGUUUUUCUUACAGCCUGUCGAAGUCAAACACCGCUACAGCAAGCGGUAUCCAAGCUUUCCAACAGUGCUAUGCGGUCCGAUCUCCAACGCACCGUGACUGUGCUAAUGCACGUCAUGUUUGCACGCUCACAAUCCACAACAAAAGUAAGUGGGACACUUCCCAUACGAACAACCGCCAACCCUCUCCCCCCGAUUAAUAUUGGUUAGAGGCGAUUUUUCAGCUCAAAACACAAGCAGUAGCAAGGUGAUCAUUUGCCCUCCAGCAUUGAGAAAGGGGGAGGGAAAGUGUCCCAUUAGUUUUGUUACAGAUUGCAGGUAGAAUUGUUGAACUGCUAUGAUUAUGGGGGAAGAGUUUGCCCGCCUCUCUGUCUUAGACUCCCAUGAUGCAGUGCAUCUACAAUUUAGAAUAAACAUGGCGACUCGCUUGUGGUAAAGGUGUUAGCAUUAAUAAUUGUGGCUGAAGGAUGUAAAAUGGGACCCGAUGGAGCGCAAUUAAGGUAUAUAUUUGUGACUUGA